UGGAGUAGUCCUCCUUAAAAACCCUCUCUGAAAAUGUCAUGUCCCAACAAUGUGACUUCUAACUCGUUUUUGAUGGACUCGUUGGCCGGUACCUGUAGAGGGGAGAAUUAUUCCUCCAGCCAAGGGAUGUACAUGCAGCCUGGGAGCGAUUUCAGCUGCGGAGUCAUGAGGAACUGUGGAAUUAUCCCGUCUCUUUCCAAAAGGGACGAGGUGAAUAGCGCUACCUUGUCUCUCAGCACCUAUCCAUCUUACCUUUCGCAGCUAGACACUUGGUGUGACCCCAAAAAUACGUACAGGAUCGAGCAACCUGUUGCAAGACAGCUCCCAUCCUGCUCCUUCCCCACCAAUGUCAAGGAGGAGAAUGUUUGCUGUAUGUAUAACGCUGACAAAAGGGCGAAAAAUGCCACAGAGGCAACCCUCUACCCCAACCAAAUGCCUGAGCCUUGCCUAAAUGACCAUGAAGUCCCCGUUCCCAGCUACUACCGAGCGAGCCAAGGUUACCCCUCCAUGGAGAAGACGCCCAACUGCAGCAACCCAAAUGAGUUUGAGGCAAGUUUUGAAGCCAGGGCGAGCCUGAACCCACGGAGCGAGCAUCUGGAAGCGGCAGCACCGCCACCUCCUCCACCUCCGCCGCCGCCCCCGGUGGCCAAAGUGAGUUUCCCCGAAAACACCCAACCCGAGCACGCUCCGCACCCCGCCACCAACGAAAUCAAAACGGAAAAAAGCGCCCCGGCGCCCAAGCCCGCUCCGUCGGAUGCCGAGAAGGAGCUGCCUAAAACCACCGACACCAGCACUGACAACUCCGACAACGAGGCGAAAGAGGAUAUAAAGGCAGAAAACACUACAGGAAAUUGGCUGACAGCAAAGAGCGGAAGAAAGAAAAGGUGUCCUUACACCAAGCACCAGACGCUGGAGCUGGAGAAGGAAUUCUUGUUCAAUAUGUACUUGACCCGUGAGCGCCGCCUGGAGAUUAGUAAGAGCAUUAACCUGACAGACAGACAAGUCAAAAUCUGGUUUCAAAACCGCAGGAUGAAACUCAAGAAAAUGAACAGAGAGAACCGCAUCCGCGAACUGACUUCCAAUUUUAAUUUCACCUGA